AAUAUAAAAAUAGUUAUCUCUCUCUCUCUCUUCGAACCCUGCCAGCUUUAGCUGCUUCUCCAGAAAGAAAACCCUUAUCUGGGGGUGAGGGUUUAUGCUCCUGUAUCUCUUGUCAGAUUCAGGGCGUUAAAUCUUUGAGUUCAUUACCUAAUUGGGAUUUUCCAGCUCGUUUUUAUUUGGAUCUGAGAUUUAAAUCGAUGAUGGAUACAAGAAAGAGAGGGAGACCUGACUUCGGCACUAAUGGUUAUGGUGGAUUCAAGAAAUCUAAGCAAGAAAUGGACUCCUUAUCAACUGGUGUAGGAAGCAAAUCAAAGCCAUGCACCAAGUUUUUCAGUACUGCUGGCUGUCCAUUUGGCGAGAGCUGCCACUUUCUCCACCAUGUUCCCGGUGGCUACAAGGCUGCGGCCCAGAUGGUGAAUCUGGGACCUAAUGUUGCCUUACCGCCUGUACCUAACAGCUCUGCUCCGUCUGCUGUUAAAAGCCGGCUAUGCAAAAAAUACAAUAGUGCUGAAGGUUGCAAAUUUGGUGAUAAAUGCCAUUUUGCGCAUGGCGAGUGGGAACUUGGCAAGGCUUUUGUUCCAUCCCACAACGAUCCUCAUGCUGCUGGAAGUGUUCCAGGACGUCUGGGUGGUCGGGUGGAGCCACCCCCUCCUGGCCCCGCCACCAGCUUCGGUGUCUUUGCCACCACUACAAGAAUCAGUGUAGAUGCCUCCCUUGCUGGAUCCAUCAUUGGUAAGGCUGGUGUGCAUUCCAAGCAGAUCUGCCGCCAAACAGGAAUCAAGCUAUCUAUUAAGGAUCAUGAAACAAAUCCAAAUCUCAAGAACAUUGAGCUAGAGGGGUCAUUGGAACAGAUUGCCCAAGCUAGUAAGAUGGUAGAAGAGCUUGUGAGGGUGACUUCAGCAAAUGCCGCUGCAAAAUCCUCUGGGGGUCAUGCCAACCCAGGAAGCAACUAUAAGACUAAGCUGUGUGACAAUUUUGCCAAAGGGUCUUGCACUUUUGGUCAAAGGUGCCAUUUUGCUCAUGGGGCUGCUGAAUUGCGCAAGUCAUCAGUGUGAGUGGACUCUUCAGUUUUCCUAGUUAGUUUAUGGCUUUAGCUGUCGUGCAGCCUUUGUAUGAGUGAGCUCUAUUUUAGUUCUGGCUGUGCAAUGGUACUUAGCGAGAGAAAAUUAUGAUCUUACUUUUUUGGGUCUUCUUGUAUACUUUUUAGAACUAUCAUAGCUUUAGCUUCCAAUCUUCCUCAAUUUUAUGUAUCAUACUCUGCCAGCUUGUCGAUGCUGAACCUGGAUUUAUGUUUCCGAGUAGAUAAUAAUAGCUUUGUCUAAUUUGCUAGAAA